GGCGGGGCGGGGCCUGCGCGGCGCGCUGGGCGGGGCCGGGCGGCUCAGCGCUCUGAUGGCGGUGAGCCGGGCGCUCGCUGUCCGUCUGGCCUACGCGGCCACCGGCGCCCUUAUGGGCUUCUCGGUCUUCUUCACCUGGAGCCUGGCGCCGGCCUUCCGCCAGCCCGCCACGGCGGCGGCCGGGGGGCUCUCGGGUGUUCUGGCGCUCUGGGCCCUAAUCACGCAUGUGAUGUAUGUGCAGGAUUACUGGAGGACCUGGUUAAAAGGGCUGAGGUUCUUCCUCUUCAUCGGGAUCCUCUUCUCAGUCCUCUCCGUGGUGGGAUUCUGCGCAUUCCUCGUUCUGGCCAUCACCAAACACCAGUCCCUGACUGAUCCCAGAAGCUACUACCUGUCGUGCGUCUGGAGUUUCAUGUCCUUGAAAUGGGCCUUCCUGCUCAGUUUGUACGCGUACCGGUACCGGAACGAGUUCGCAGACGUCAGUAUCCUCGGUGACUUCUAACACUUGGACUUCAAUCCUCGCGGAAGGUGCUGGAGGUUCAAGUUGCCCCCCGAGGGCACGGUGCACGCGAGAGGUGUACGAGAGGCGGCGAAGGAACCCACGCAGGGCUGCUUGGUUUGUCUGUCUGCAGUAGGGGGCUUUUCCUAAUUGCUUUUACUCACCUCUUUAAAAUUUGGCUCACAGUGUCAAUCUCGUCUUUCUGUAACGUCCCGGGGAGUCCCUGUGAGGUGCCAGAUGCCGUCUGCUCGCGCACAGCACACUCUUAGCGUUGCGACAAAAUCCAGGGGGGGCUUUUAGGUGGAGGGAGGUCCCAUAGGCUCAUGCAGCACCCAAAACAUCUCAUCCUGGGGAGCAAAGCUGGUUGGAGCCACAGAUGUGUGCAGCAAAGAACCCUCUGCGUGAAAGUGGGUUCCUUGUGUUGCUCCUUGAAGAGGGAGAUGAGCUUUUCUUUGCGGCAGGAGGUCCCUGUGUACUUGCCAGCCAGUGCCCCGCGUCAUCCAGGGUUUUUUUGACCCAUUGUACACAAAGUCAUCUUUCUCUCCUCUGGAUGACCCCCGAUGGACAGACCCACAACAGAGAAACCCUCGUCACGUCGGGGCUCUGUCAGAGGUGGGCAACGUUGGUUCUGCCCGCUGCCCAGGAACAUUUUUAAAAAGGAACUUCAUACGAUAUUUAACACUCUAGCAUGGAGUCAGGUGUUUGAGUGAAAGAUGUGCCAGGCAAAGCCUCACCUACCCGAGCCUCUGUGGAAACGUGAAUAUGAUUCAUCUAAAACUGAAAAUCUUUUGGUAAGCAGGGCUGUGUUUCCUUUUUGCUCCGUCUGAAGGAGUCUCCCAGUUCUGCGCAUCCCCAGGCGCUGCUGGAGCCUCCGCAAACUCCUUUUUGGAGGAAUUGUUUUGGAGUUGGGUGACAGGUCCUGCUCAGGGGUUUGUGGCUGUGUGAGGUGUGAGCGGAAGGUUCUAUGCGCUGUUGCCAGCCCAUCUUGUUCUUGUGCCACACAAAACCCAGCCUGUCCCUUCUCUUACAUAUCCCAGCAUCGCGCUCUGGCUUAGCGGUGACCAAAUCCCUCCCUGUGCUCAGAGGUUCCACCCGCACCUGCGCUGCUCCGUGUUUUGCACUGGAAAGUGAGUUCCGCAAGCACACGGCAGUUCAUUCGAGCUGGGGAGAGACUUGGGGAGUGUUUGACACCACCACUCCAUCGCAUCCCCCCGUUUCUUGGGUAGGAAGAUCCUCGAGUGACUUAACUAGACCGAGGAACAUCUUCAGGUCAGUGUAUAACCCAAGGUCAAAGCCAACUUUUGCCAGGGGACCUGCUGGAGUCACUAAACCCAGACUAAGCCUGCAAAUGCAAAAAUACUCUUAACUAGGAGAUUAACACUCAGCUUUUAAAUACUGAAAUCUCCCUUCCUACUGACGUGGGGCUGCCAGCCUGCCCGGCCAGGGACGAAAUAGCUCAUCUCUCCUCUCUGUGAAGUUUGCAAGUGGUUUUAGCGUCGGUCGUUUCAAGAAGCCAUCUCUUCACUUAUGUUUCCCUCACACAAUGCUGCCCACGCGUUUGCGGGGCCGGUACAGGCCCUGGUGCUGAUAUUGGGGUUGUGGUGUCCUGGUCAGGCCGAUGGAGCUUUGCAACACCUCACAGCAAAGCAUUAUCCCUCUUUGUCAUUAAAUGAUGCCACUGGCAUCUCGUAGCGGCUCCUUUCUUGGGCACGUGUCCCAUCAGCUCACCCCAGAGUGUUUUAAAGUUGAUUUUUGUGACUGUAAAUUCACCUACAAACAGCUCACUGAAUCGAACCUGUUUUCUCCCUGACGUGUUUUAGCACUGGAAUUUAUACUAGCAUCUCAGCUUUUUAAAAGAUGGUGUGUGUAAAUAUCUAUUUUUACAUUGUUUCUGCUUCAUUUGCAAGCUCAGUGUCAGACCCGGUCCUGCGGUGGGGUGGUGGAAUUCACAGCGGGGCUCACUUGUGUGUAUCCCAGUGUCUCCUUGUACUAAACGACACUCUAACCUGUACGUGACACCACAGUGAGAGCAGAAAUACAGCGUCUUUCUCACCAAA